ACUAUCAACAUAUAGAGCUGAUCAUCUGCGAUGCCCGACAAAAGAAGACAAAAAAAGAUAAGAGAAGAGACAAAGAUUUUUUGUAUUAAAUUAUUCAGUUAUGGCAUGUUUAUAUGUGCUCACACGCAGAGUCAGAGAAAGCUCAGAACCUAAAGUUGAGUACUCAGGGGCAUUACCUGCAAUCUGCAGGAAGUGAGAGAUAUGGAAGAUGGCAUGUCAGGGUUUUGUAUCAGAGCAGAAAGUUUCCGGAGAGGUGAUAGUGAUGGGAACAGUGGAAGUAGUGGGACUAAAUGUGGGCGUUGGAAUCCCACAACAGAACAGGUUAAGCUUCUUACUGAUUUGUUCAUGUCUGGACUGAGAACUCCAAGCACCGAUCAGAUUCAGAAGAUCUCCACUGAGCUUAGCUAUUAUGGCAAGAUUGAGAGCAAGAACGUGUUCUAUUGGUUUCAGAACCACAAAGCCAGGGAAAGACAGAAGCGUCGCAAGGUCUCAUUCCACGACAAGGAGCUCAGUAAUAUUCGUCGUCAAAACUCCCUGUUAUCUUCUACGCACAAUUUUGAGGAGGAGAAUCAAGUUCGGGAGCCGGAGAGAGUGAUAGAGACUCUUCAACUGUUCCCCUUGAAUUCACUGGGUGAAUCAGAAGCAGAGAAACUGACGGCGCAAGCAAAUAAGUAUGGAGAUGAUAGUACGAUGUUUCAAUCUUCAACGGGGGAACAUAUAGAAAACCCACCGUUAGAUUUGCGCUUAAGCUUUCUGUAAACACAGUGGUGGGAGAGUAGAAGGAGAUGUUAUUUUAACAAUAUUCAUUACUGUCACUUAGUGAUAAACAGGAGUAAAGAAGUUGAAGUUUUAAACUUUUAGAAGUAUUAUUGUAGCUUCAAAUUAUGAAUGACGUACUGAUAUGUAGCUUUUUUCUAGAUUAUUUGAAGUGUCUGGACUUCUCUGCUUGCUUAUUCAACAACUUGGUAUUAUCAGCAGUCCAAGUGUACUUU